UCGUGCUCAUAUCUUAGUCGAUCCAACACGUUCUUCACAGUCAAGAAGAGAAGGAGAAAGAUGUCUUGCGGAGGAAACUGCACCUGUGGUUCCAGCUGCAACUGCGGUGGAGGAUGCAAGAUGUAUCCUGACCUGGAAGAGAAGAAGACCACUAUGGCGACCGUGAUCCUUGGGGUUGCACCUGAGAAGGGCCACUUUGAAGGGUUUCAGAUGGCUACUGGGAGUACUGAGAAUGGAGGAUGCAAGUGUGGUGGUGGCUGCAACUGUGAUCCCUGCAACUGCUAAGUGAUCCAAGGAAGGGGAUGGCUUGUCAAACAAUAACGAAGUCCUACAAGGACAGUGUGUGGGUAUGCAUGGAGUGUUACCUGUGUGAUGUGUCUGAGUGCUACAAAUAAAGGCCAUGGUGACUUCUAUGUGUGGCCAUUUGGAAGGUCUUCUUGUACUUGCAUUCCUACUAUAUAUGGUGUUUAUCUUUGCAGGUUAUUACUAGA